AUGACAAAAGCGAAGAGAUCAAACAAAAGUGAAAAAUCACUACAACAAUCUAAAGACGCCAAGCCAUCUAAAAAACAAGCUUUGCCAGAAGAUAAAGUAAAAUCAUUAUUUAAUAGUAAAAUAUGGGAUACUGAAUUUCAACAAAAUUUGCAAAACCAAAUAGCCACUGCUAAACCUUACAAUUGGGGUUCUAUCACGCCAUUAGUAGAUGAUGACUUAUUAAGAAAAGUUCGUAAAGAAAUUGAAACUGAAAUUCACUUCACCAACAAGGAGACUGAUAUUUAUAAAGUUAACCAGUCUGGAGAUUUGGCCAAUUUAAGUGGUUUAGAUUGGAACGAUUUAAGCCGUUUGCCUAGCUUAUUCAAAUUGAGAGAAAUUUUAUAUAGUGACGUUUAUCGUGAAGUUAUUGCCAAGGUUUGUCAGUGUGGGCCAUUAAGUGGUGUUAAAACCGAUAUGAGCAUUAAUACUUAUGAUAAGGGGUGCCAUUUAUUAAUUCACGAUGAUGUGAUUGGCAGUAGACGUGUUUCCUUUAUUUUAUAUUUACCUGACCCAGAUAAAACUUGGAAAGAACAUUAUGGUGGUUCUUUACAGUUAUUUGAUAGUGUUGUCCCUAAUGUUCCAUGCAGUGAUCCAUGUGCUAAAUUUGUACCGCAGUUCAAUUCAAUUGCAUUUUUUGCUGUUCAACCUGGGUUUUCAUUCCACGAGGUUGAGGAGGUUAAAGUUGAUAAACAUAGAUUAUCCAUUCAAGGUUGGUACCAUAUUCCUCAAUUUGGGGAAAAGGGAUACAUUAAAGGCGAGGAACAAGAAUGGGUUAAGACCAAUACUUCCACUUUGGCACAACUGGAGAGUAAAACAUUGAAAGAUUAUGAAUUUCCCAAAUUGACUGAAAGAGAACUGAUCCCAUACCAUAAGGUGAAACACUUGGAAGAGAUGGCAGGAGAGGGCAAUUCUAUUACUUUAACCAGGGAAGACUUGGAUAAGCUAUCUAAAUACAUAUCUCCACAGCAUUUAUCUGUCGCCGGUGUAAAAUCACUACAAGAAAAAUUUCUGGAAAGUUCAAUUUUAAAUAUGGAAGAUUUUUUGAAGCCCGAAAUCUCUGAUGUGCUAAGAGAACAAAUAAGAGAUACUGAAUUGGAAAAAGAAUGUCCAUAUUCUUAUGACGACGUCAAGUUUCCUUGGAAAACUGCUUUUCCAACGCAUAAAUGGAGAUAUUUAUAUAUCGAUGGUAAGACUGACUUUAAAAUUCAUAAUGGUGAAGAUUUGGACAAUUCACUGAACUCAGGUGAUGAAUCAAGUAAUUUUCAAUUAACAAAAUAUGCUAAUGGCGAAUCUAACUGCGUGGAGACAGAAUUAAUUGAUUUGGCAGUUUUCUUCCAAUCUUUAGUUUUCCAAAAAUAUAUUGCUAACUUAACUUGCUUGAUCCCAAUAAGUGAACAGAUUUUAAUCAGAAGAUUCAGACCGGGGAAAGAUUAUACUUUGGCUACUACCUCGCCAAUAAGUCCAUAUGACUUGAGCAGAAGCGAAACAUCCGCCAUGGAUUUAGAAGAGGAACGUGAAAAAGUUGCUGAUAAAAGCAAAAGCUUUGAAUUUUUGAAAGAAGCUUUAUUAGAAGCUACAUUAUGUUUAACUCCAAGUAAUUAUAAGACAUGGGAAAAUGGUGAAGUUGGUGGGUACCAGUUAUAUAUGAUGAACCAAACAAAGGACCAAGUUAAAAAUAAUAAGGAUUUGGAUGAUGCAUCUGUUUACAAGAAGGACGACUCGGGUGAUGCAGUUUUAAUCAAUAAACCUGCGGCUUGGAACACCUUUACUCUGGUUUUGAGAGAUGAAAACGUUUUGGAGUUUAUUAAAUAUGUAAGUGCUAAUGCAAGUGGGAGUAGAUGGGACAUCAAUGCGAAAUGGGAUGUGGAAAUUGAAGAAGAUGAGGAUAAACAGUAG